UUACCUGUGCAUCAAAAAAUUAAAUUUAAUAAUGGAAUGUUGGCGACAGUGGUCACGUGGGGCUGUUGUCAUGUUAACAGUUAUUUGAUAGCUGUCACUUUUGUGCAAAAAAUUCCAAUAAAUAAUUUAGCCAAAUAAAUACAAAAUGUCGAACGAAGUGGAGGAAACGAUGAAACGGAUCCAAUCCCACAAGGGCGUAAUCGGUACAAUAGUGGUCAAUUCCGAAGGGAUUCCGAUUAAAACCACCUUGGAUAAUACUACAACAGUCCAAUACGCUGGACUUAUAAGUUCGUUGGCUGAUAAAGCAAGGAGUGUGGUUAGAGAUUUAGACCCUUCAAACGAUUUAACGUUUUUACGGAUAAGGUCAAAGAAACACGAAAUUAUGGUGGCUCCUGAUAAAGAAUUUAUAUUGAUUGUCGUUCAAAGUCCCACAGAUUAGUGUUAUUGCCUGUUUUGUGUCAUUAUGCACUGCUAAUUUAUUGUACGUUUCGUGCUUUUUGUCGUUUAAAUUUUUAUAUGCUUAUUCACAAAUAAACUCUAACUCAAA